AUGGAAGAAUCAAUGUCCGAGACUACUAAAGGUCUUCAGAAAUUGAGUGUAACUGAAGAUCGCAUAUUGUUUCACGGAAGCUAUUCACAAUUUGAUGUCCCUAAAACACCAAUCGAGGUUAAUGAAAUGAAAAACCAUUUGCUUUCGCGGCAGCUUUCUCGCUCCAUUCAAAGUGAACGGCCUAAUCAAUUCCAAACUUCCACGAUUCCUAAUGGGGAAGAAAAAACUUGCUUCCAGCUCUCUCCAGAUUCCCCACCGGAUGUUGGUUCCAACGGUAUCGCUUCUCCGGACUGCCUUUCUACCCAUGUUCCAUCGAAAACCCUCGAUGCUGAAACUCAAUUCACUUUGGACGAUGCAGAGGCGUCAUCGAGAGCUAAUUCUGCAAUUUCUCCUGCUAUUACCCCUACCAAAAGUCGGGUCGUUGAAUACCAACGAGUUUGCAUUGGUGGAGACGAUGCUUCUGGUGUCACAAAAGAGGAUCUUCAAGAGGCUGCCGUAUCUCUGCUGAAGGCGAUGGAAAUGCGCGAGAAGUAUAUGCGAGCGUCGUUGCAGAAGAAUGGGCGCAUCGUGAAGUGGUACCUCAAAAUGGCCAGCGUUGAUUCCAAGGAGGAAUUGCAGUCACCCAGAAAGAGCUGCUACUACACUGCCCCCGCCACUGACAAAGAGCACCCAAUCCACCCGCCUGAGUUCACAGGCGACCCCUUUGAAGUGAAGCAUUGGCCUGAGGCUCUGGCUGCCUCUCUUAGUUUCGAGAAGGGAAUCGCGCAGUUGAAGCCCCUGAAGGAAGGCACCCUACUCCCCAAUCUGCCCAACUUCAUUCUGGAGGAUUUCAUUCGUGACGAGAAGACAAUGAGAAUGUUUGUCGCUAAUGGGCCCCUCAAAUCCUUUGCCUUUCGACGGCUCUGCUACCUUAGUUCUAAAUUCUCCCUCCACAAUCUGCUAAAUGAGGCCGGGGAAACACUGGAACAGAAGAAUGUUCCCCACCGAGAUUUCUACAACAUUCGCAAGGUGGACACCCACGUGCACGCCGCCUCCUGCAUGAAUCAGAAGCACCUGCUGCGUUUCAUCAAGAAGUGCAUUCGCACACGACAGGACGAUCACGUUUGUCUGGAUAAGUCCACUGGUCAACCCCUCACCCUCAAACAAUUAAUGGAACAUUUGGGAAUCAGCGCGUAUGAUAUGAACAUUGAUAUUCUCGACGUACAUGCCGAUCGCAACACCUUCCAUCGAUUCGACAAAUUCAACGCAAAGUACAAUCCGAUUGGUCAGAGUCAACUCAGGGAGGUCUUCUUGAAGACCGACAAUUUCUGCAAUGGCAUUUUCUUCGCACAAGUUCUUAAGGAGGUAUUUUCAGAUUUGGAGGAGUCGAAGUACCAGAAUGCUGAGCCGAGGUUGUCCAUUUACGGCAAAUCUCGUAACGAGUGGGAUGAUCUGGCAAAGUGGGCCAUUAAUUUUCGCGUCUAUUCGCCGAACAUCCGUUGGAUCGUUCAGGUUCCACGUCUCUACGACGUCUAUAGGUCGAAGGGCGUUGUUGGGACCUUCCAGGAGAUGAUAGAGAACGUAUUUCGGCCGUUAUUUGAAGUGACUCUUGACCCCACCUCCCAUCCCGAGCUGCACGCCUUCCUCGAGCACGUGAGCGCCUUCGAUUCGGUGGACGAUGAGUCAAAGAUGGAUGCGAUCCACUUCGACCUCGGCCUUCCCACCGCCGAUCGGUGGGAUCGUCAUGAGAAUCCACCCUACGCCUACUACAUCUUCUAUAUGUACGCCAACAUCGCCGUUCUCAAUCAACUAAGACAACACCGCGGUAUGCACGUGUUUGCAUUCCGACCCCACUGUGGAGAGGCAGGCAGUGUGAGUCAUUUAAUCGCUACAUUCCUAUUGGCUGAAUCUAUUAACCACGGGCUCCUUCUCCGUAAAGCUCCCGUCCUCCAGUACCUCUUCUACCUCUGUCAGAUUGGUCUUGCGAUGUCACCAUUGAGUAAUAAUUCACUUUUCUUGGAGUACCAUCGAAACCCUUUGAUCGAUUUUCUUGCGAAAGGACUGCACGUCUGCCUUUCCACAGACGACCCUCUCCAAUUCCACUUCACAAAGGAGCCCCUCAUGGAGGAGUAUAGCAUCGCUGCGCAGGUCUGGAAACUCAGCUUCACCGAUAUGUGCGAGCUCGCCCGUAACUCCGUCCUCAUCUCCGGCUUCCCUGAUGUCGUGAAAUCGCAUUGGUUAGGAUUGAAUUACUGGCGUGAGGAGGCAGGUGUGGCGAGCAACGACAUAACCCGAACAAAUCUGCCGAACAUUCGUGUUGCUUACCGUCACGAGACACUCACCAACGAGCUCCAUAUUCUUGUUCGUGCUGCUCUCGAUGCACACCGAAAAGGCGACACAUCCAAGAUGAGUCCGUGUGCCUCUCCACUCCACGUAAUUGACUCCAAUCUCUUUCAAAUGGCCUACCUGCCCAAUGGACGCAGCUGCGGGGACUGCGACGAUGAUGUAAAGGAGGUUGGCAAGUAA